AUGUCUGAUGGCACACCUGUACAAGCCAAUCUUCCAUGGCUACGUACAGCGGAGGGACUGGACAAACUCUCAUUUGACCUUGAGGUUGUCUCUCGCAAGGCGCUUGCACGCUCUUUUGACUGCACUGGUCAGGCUGGCGAUGAUGCUGGACCAUGUGACUUUUGUGCUCACCUCGAGCCAAAAGUCAAGGUACUUGCGGAGAAUGCGAGAACUCGUCAACCACACACCCGCCAUAGUCUUCUCACUCCAGUUCAACUUCUCGACAUUAUACGUGAGCGUGAUCAGAACACGAACACUCUGAAGUUACAGAGUUUGAAUGACGGACGCAAAAUCAAGCGCCUGCUUUCCACACUGGAAGAUCACACUUCACUGGCCAUGGCACUGUCCCAGUGCGACGUACCCUGGCUUCGCAACCUUCUCCAAACUGCACUUCGGAAUGGUACCAGCAUCCAUACAAUACUUCGGAUGAUUGAAGAGGCCAUUGAGCGUGGUUACCGACCACGAGGACACAGUCAAGAGGCCAUUGACCUUGCCAUUCUCACCGUCCGGCUUGGUGGCCGGAAUCUGCUUUAUGCCUGGAACCAGUGGCUCACACUCCCAUCACUACGCACUCUCCGCAACCAUAUGUCUUUUGUCAAAAUCAUUCCAACUAUCGGUCGGAUCUCAACCAUGACCAUCCAAGAGAAUAUCAAGAACCUUGUCAUUGUUCCUCGUCAGAACGCUGCAUCAACGAAAAUGUGUGGUGUCAGCAUGAUGAUCGAUGAAACGGCGCAGGAGGAAGCGGCCGUCUAUAUAUCACAAUUGAACAGUGUAGGCGGUCUAUGCUGGAUGCACUCGAAUCUUGUCGACACAACACUUCACACAUAUCAGUCUGCCCUUGGGAUUGCUGAGGCGCUGAAGUCUCAGAAGGUCCACGUUGGAAAGGAGGUGACUGUCGCGGGAGCUCACAUAUUUGGCGAAGAGGGAGUUUAUCCUGUCCUGGCAGCGCCCACUUGCAAGAGUGAGAGUGCUGCUGACAUGGAGUUCAUUUUCAAGACUAUCCUCGAAUCCUGGGAUAAUUCUGGAGCGGCUCAGCAGGUUGGACCAGCUUGGUCAUUUGCAACUGACGGUGACGCUACACGCCGCAAGGCUGGUCACAGGACAUUUGUACACAUCCCACUCUCACCCUUCUCACCGCUCUAUGGCACAUUGUUGAAUCUUCCUGGCGUUAAUCUCUUCACUGGUCCAGGUGAAGUGACACUAGACUUUGACUACAAACAUAUCAUGAAACGCUAUUGUACCCUCCUCCGAUCUCGUGCUGGUAUGCAUCUUAACAAUGGUCGCUGCAUCAAUGCAACCAUGAUCGAACGCUACCUUGUCUGGCUGCCUGAUGUAGAUGAAAGUCGUGCUCGGAAGCUUGUUUACCCCAACGAUCCCCAGGACAUGCCUCGUGCGGUGGAACUCGUGGGUGCUGUCAUCAAACUCGCAUCACUGCCGAACAUCCCCGACGACGUCAAUGUCAUUGCUGACUUCGACGCAAUCAAACUUUUAGCUGAAAUUCUCCGCAGUCUCCUCAAUCCAUUCAUCGAUGUCAACCUCUCACUGACUGAGCAAGUCGUGCACUUGAGCCGCUUCACUCAUCUCCUCUUUGCAUGCUACCGUGAUCAACGACGUGGGCUGAUGCCUAACCAGCUAUACUAUGACUCUGAGACAUUUGCCAAGAACGCGGUCUUCUGCAUCCUGAAGCAACAGAAGCUCGAUCCAUCUGAACAUUUUUUCUUUCUUGAUGUUGGGGAUGAUGCACUUGAACUCAAGUUUGCAUUCCUCCGAAUGUGCGGGGGGCACAACAACGCAAUGAACUACAAACAAGUUCUCGAUCGCCUUGGCGCUGCCCGAGAUAUUGGAGGAGUGUAUGCACGCAAUUCCGACCUCUCCCAUGGCCAUCGUCGGUUGAAUCUCAAGCGAGCAGACGGUGUUGACCAUGUCAGCCGUUUUAUGUGGGUUGGUGACGUUGUUGCGGGUCAUUGUGACCUUCCAAGUGCAUGGCACCAAGGGAGGGAUGAGGCCAUUUCAAUUCUCUCUUGGUCGCAGAUACAUUCCUCCGCAUAUGACUUUCAGACCUUAUUUUCCCCAGGCUCGGGCAUAGACCUACUGUGCAUCUUUGGUGGGAGCAGGUACCCUGCUAUUCAUGAAGAGGAUGACGAAGACAUAUCACUCCUUGCACCUCCGCCCAACAUCGACACACUCCAGCAAGAUGUUGUGUCCAGCGAGACCGCAGACACCAUCAGCAAUGAUGAUGACGAGCCGCCACUCACCUUUGAGGAAUCACUUGCCGACACACUUGACGCCGAGCACGAGGAUGGAAACAGUUUGGUGGACGAGCCCGAGGAUGAUGAAAAUUCCCCCUCACCUACUUCUCCCCCCAAUGGGCCAGGAAUCCGUGCUGAAGACUACCUCUGGUGCAUGAACAAAUGGGUCCACAAGGCAUCGGUUGUCCAUAUCACGAUCACCCCAGAUUUCACUCCCAAAGCCCAGACUCGUUUGCUCUGUGUUCGCGGAUUCACGCCUGUAAACAAGGACUUCGAGAACACCAUGGAGGUUGGUCAGCUGCUUCACAGUGAUCAGUUCGUCACCGGUGAUCUCUUCAUCACGCUUCUUCGAACUAGCAUGAAGUCACUGGCUCUUGCUCUGGUUCGCGCUACCACCAUCUCUGAGAAUGGAGCCCCCAGGAGUAGAGUCAAAAUGGCAACGCUGACGUCUCUCAAGGGCAAUGUGAAAGUCGCCGGUGAAAUCAUGAUUCUUUUACCAUCAUCCUCGUCUUCAACCUUAUCGUGGAUCUGGAAUGGCGCGUAUCUUAAAACUGCAUCUGUCGUACCAGGAACAGAAAUUUGUACUCUCAAAGUCAUCACCGUCACUGUUCCAGGCUUCCUUGUUCAAACCGUCAAUCCUCGGGUUGUCAUUGCCGCUGAUCAUCUUGCACCUCAACACACCCAGGAGGUAAACUCCAAGGGCACAACAUGGUCACUCGACGACGAGGACCUACAAUCUGCCGUUGCACUACUCUGGAACAAAACUGUCGACUCCAAAGUUCCCCUCAGUUUGAUCUCAAGUCUCAAUUCUGAAAGCUCUGUUUUUCCCUACAAGUCUCAUGAUGGUAAGCGUUCUGAUGCUCUUAUUUGUGCCGCCGGCACUGAGUUGCUGUUGACUACGGGACGUGGCAAGACGGUCAUGAGUGCAUGUCCGGUAUGUUGCGAGUCAACGAAGGACAUCCGUUCGCACAUGGGUGUGCAUAUUCUCCGUGCAGCUCGUAAGGUCGCCGAUAUUGUUGUCAAUCCCAUCAACGGCCCGUUGCCUUGUGGCUUCUGUGGCGACUCAAACAACCCCGACUGCGCACUUACGUUCAAGGAGACAGCUCGCAAGAUCAUGUGGGAGUCAAAGUGCCCACGCAAAGAGACCUUCCAGUAUGGGAGUGCUAAUAAGGGCUCUGACAGCCGCCCGUGUCAUAACGUCCCCGUCGUCUGCCAGAUAUGUGUCCAUCUCGGUCGUGCUACUGAUUGGUGUCCAGCGGUCUGGCGUUAUAACCUCGAAGCCCAUAUCGACCUGCAGCACUCUGAAUAUGCACAACCUGGCAGGCCAAUUGGACUUCCCCUUCCCCGCGCUGUGUAUGAUUCGCUUGCUCUCACUCCUGCCGAAGAAAAAAAGGCCGGAGUCGCUUCUCGACCCGUAUUUGAGUUCAUCCAGGGCAAGGAGAAUAUCCCUGGACCUGACGGUUCAUCUGCUGUUACCCAGAAGCGGAAGGCCAAUGCUCAGAAGUUUUCCUCUGCCGCUUCGGUGGCUAAGAGAGUUCGUCAAGGUUGA